AUGACGACAUAUUUCAGAUUGGUGAAGGGUGCUACCAAGAUCAAGUCGGCCGCGCCCAAACAGAAGUAUUUGGACCCGAUCUUGUUGGGGACGGGCAGCGAAGAGGACUUUCACGAGAUCGUGAAGGCUUUGGAUUCCCGAAUUAAUGACACCGCAUGGACCAUUGUUUACAAGACUUUGAUAGUGGUGCACCUGAUGAUGAGGGAGGGUGAUAAAGACGUUGCGUUGCGGUACUACUCCAGGAGGCUGGAAUUCUUCGACAUUCAUAAUCUCCGUGGCUCUAAUGGCAGUGCGUCUGCAGAUAUGAGGGCGCUUGACCGUUACGAUAGCUAUCUGAAGGUCAGAUGUAGAGAGUUUAGUAAAAUUAAAAAGGACUACGUGAGAGACGGCUACCGGACGMUGAAGUUGAAUGGCAGCAACUACGGCAACUCCAAAAACAAGCAACAAUGUAUUGACGUUGCGCUAGAUCAUGUGGAGUCGUUGGAGGCGCAAAUCCAGGCCUUGAUCAAAAACAAGUACACGCACUUUGAUUUGAAUAGCGAAUUGAUCAUAUGCGGGUUCAAGCUGCUGAUCCAGGACCUGUUGGCUCUCUACAAUGCCCUUAACGAAGGUAUAAUAACGCUAUUAGAGUCCUUUUUCGAACUGUCUCAUCAUAACGCAGAAAGGACUUUAGAUUUAUACAAGACGUUUGUUGACUUGACCGAACAUGUGGUGAGGUACUUGAAGAGCGGUAAGAGUGCGGGCUUGAAAAUUCCCGUUAUCAAACACAUCACUACGAAGCUGGUUAGAUCCCUAGAAGAGCACCUAAUCGAGGACGAUAAAACCCACAACACUUUUGUACCGAUCGACAAUUCUGAAGGCAGUAUUGGCUCAGCGGCGCCCAAGUCAAUUGCGCAGGCAAGGCUGGAACAAAUUCGCGAACAAAAGAGGAUAUUGGAGGCACAGUUGAAGAAUGAACAGGUAGCGAUAUCUCCUGCCGUCACCACAGCGACGACAGCCCAACCAUACAACCCAUUCGGGACAGACCCCUCCAUGCAUGCUAAGAUGCAAAUGGCGGGAGCUAAUCAAGUCCAACAAACCGUCAACAAUCCGUUUUUAGUUCAAACGCAACCACAGCCACAAGCUGCCCGCACAGAACCUGUAACUCUCAACGCUACACAGUAUGUAAUGACUCAACCCAUUAUGAACGCGACUCCGGCACAAGAAUCUGGUGUAAGCGCACAGCAAACAGGCUAUUAUUCUAUCAAUAACCACCUGACCCCCACAUUCACGGGUGCAGGAUUUGGAGGGUAUUCUGUUUCGCAAGGCACGACCUCUGGUCCCAAUCAACAAGUCGUUAAAGCACAAACUGGUUCGAACAACCCAUUUGCACUACACAACACUGCGACCGUCGCAGUGGGAAACUCUACACAGGAACCUACUUUGCCAAAUCUGUUUUCGCAAAACACUGAUCUACCACUACAGCAACAAGUAAUAAGUAAUCCCUUCCAAAACCAGACCCAACACAUCCAGCAGCAGCAGCAGCAGCAGCAACAACAACAACAACAACAGAAAAUACCUCCGCACGCAAUAAACAACGUUAUGACGACUCCGACGAGCAUGCAGGGGUCUAUGAACGUAUUACAACGUUUUGAUAAUGCGGAAUCUUUGCCUCAAUACACCCAGCAACCGCUACAACAACCGCUACAACAACCACAACAGCAGCAGGGCUAUUUUGCACCCGUAAACUCCACUGUCAAUCCUAUUCUAAAUAAUGCGGGUAUUGUCCAACCGCAGACUGUUCCAUUCUACCCCUCACAGCAACAGCAGCUGCAGCAACCACAACAAGGGUUGCGAAACCAGUACACGAGCAGCAACUUUAAUCUAAUUGAUAUGUGA